AAUUACCAUUUAAGUAAUUAAUUAAAAAUGCGAGUUUCUAGUUUACAAGUUACAAAUUUAAUGAAAAAAAUAAGCAUAAUAAUUAAAGGUUUCUCGUUUCUUUAGCCACGUCCACAUAAAACUAACGGUUGGUAAGGUAACGGAAAAUAAGGGAUAGUUGUAUACAAUUUUCCUAACCUAACUUAUUUAAACGUCAUUUUAAACUUUUAUAACCAACAUAUUUUUAAAAUAUAUUAAAAUACAAAUGAAAUUGAAGUCAUGAGGACAAUUCCUAAAUGGUUUUAUAAAGUACAAGACAGUGAAAAGACUGAACAAUGCAUUUAUGAUUUAUGUUUUGAUCCUAAAGGAAUUCAGUUAAUAGUUGCUAGUGGUACAAGAGUUUUAGUAUACGAUACUACCGAUGGAUCACUUAUCCAGGCUUUGAAAGGACAUAAAGAAUUAGUGUAUUGUGUUUCUUAUGCUAAAAAUGGUCAAAGAUUUGCAAGUGGAGGUGCUGAUAAAAGUGUUAUUAUAUGGUCUGACAAGUUAGAAGCUAUUCUUAAGUAUAAUCACAGUGAUGCCAUACAAUGUGUAGCUUACAAUCCCCUAUCCCAUCAAUUAGCUUCAUGCUCUUUGUCAGACUUUGCUAUCUGGACACUUGAGCAGAAGACAGUUCAAAAACAUAAGGUAUCUGCUAGGAUAAAUUCGUGUUCAUGGACAAACGAUGGGCAAUAUUUAGCCUUAGGUAUGGGUGCAGGAAUUGUAUCAAUUAGAAAUAAGGCUGGAGAAGAAAAAUGUCACAUAGAAAGACCUGAUGGUGCACCCAUUUGGGCUUUGUCAUGGAAUCCAAACAAAGAAGAUCCUUCAGAUACUUUGUGUGUUACUGACUGGAAUAAAACUCUCACCUUUUAUACUUUGGGGGGAAAGAUAAUUGGAAAAGAAAGAAACAUUGGGUUUGAUGCACUCAAAGUUAAUUACUUUUCAUCAGGACAAUAUAUACUUAUAUGUGGUACUAAUAAGUGUUGCAAUUUAUAUACAAAAGAUGGGAUUAAGCUUGGAAUGAUAGGAGACCAACAAAAUUCUUGGGUUUGGUGUAAUGCCUCACAUCCAUCAGGAGAUUAUAUUGUAAUGGGUUGUCAAGAUGGUACUCUGAUUUACUACCAGCUUGUGUUUAAUACUGUUCAUGGGCUAUUUAAAGAACGAUAUGCAUUUAGAGAAAGUAUGACCGAUGUAAUAAUACAACACUUGUUAACAGAGAAAAAGGUCAAAAUAAAAUGUAGAGAUCUCAUUAAGAAAAUCGCGAUAUAUAAAAAUAGAUUAGCGGUUCAGUUAUCAGAGCGAGUUGUUAUUUACGAAUUAUUUUCGGCGGAUGUCAACGGUUUACAUUAUCGAGUAAAAGAGAAAAUUACGCAAAAGUUGGACUGUAGUUUACUUGUAAUUUGUUCUGAACACUUAGUAGUGUGCAAGGAUAAGAAAUUGCAAAGUAUGUCCUUAACAGGAGUUAAGGAUAAAGAGUGGGAAUUCGAUAGUACAAUUCGUUACAUUAAAGUUGUAGGUGGGCCCCCUUCAAAAGAGGGACUCAUCGCGGGACUUAAAAAUGGACAAAUUUGGAAAAUUUAUUUGGACAAUUCUUUUCCUUUGUUAAUUUUAAGUGUGCACGCUGCGGUAAGAUGUUUAGAUAUGACUGAAAGUAAGGACAAGAUAUCUGUUGUAGACGAGACUGGACUUUGCCAGGUUUUCGAAUUGAGUUCUGGUAAUUUAUUAUAUCAAGAACUUAAUGUGAAUAGCGUUGCCUGGAAUACACAUUAUAACGAUAUGUUAGCGUUUAGUGGGGAAAACUCGUUAGGGAUAAAAGUAGGAGAUUUCCCGGCGUCGCGGCAAAAACUUAAUGGUUUUGUGGUGGGAAUGAGCGGCUCUAAAGUAUUUUGUCUGAGUGGAUCGAAUAUAAGUACCCAAGAACUGUCUCUCAGCACCCCCAUGUAUCAAUACAUGGAGAGAAGAAUGUACAGACAAGCAUAUGAAAUAGCCUGUUUGGGGGUCACUGACGGUGAUUGGAACGAGUUGGCUUUUACCGCUAUUGAAGACAUGGACCUUGAAGUUGCUAAAUUGGCAUUUACAAAGCUUCAAAACUAUAAAUAUUUAGAGUUAAUUCAGGACAUUCAGGAAAGACAGCGAAAAGGAGAAAACAAUCGGGAAGUUUUCGUGGGAGACAUAUAUGCCCAAAGGGGUAGGUUUAAAGAGGCUGCUAAAUUAUACCAGAAAGCGGGGCAGGAGCACAGAGCACUUGCUAUGUAUACAGAUCUCAGAAUGUUUGAAGAAGCUCAGCAAUAUUUGGGAUCUUCUGAUAAUACCGCGUUAGUACGCCAAAAGGCUGAUUGGUGUCGAAGUAUUAAUGAACAUAAGGCAGCAAUAGAAAUGUAUCUGUCUAUUGGGGACACAGAAACCGCCAUAGAAAUAAUGGCAGAACAAGAAUGGAUAGACCAAUUAAUUGAUUUGGCAAGGCUGUUGGAUAAACAAGAAAAGGCUUCUCUGACAACGAUAGCAGAGCAUUUGAAACGAUUUGGCAAUUCGGGGGCCGCAGUUGAAAUAUACCGUCGCUUAGGCGAUUCUAAAUCAGUUUUACAACUUUACGUAGAGGCGCGAGAAUGGAAGCAGGCCUUUGCGCUUGUACAUAGUCAGUCCCAAUACAAGGACUUGGUAUACAUUCCAUAUGCCCACUGGCUUGCUGAAAACGACCAAUUUGUUCAAGCACAAAGGGCAUUUUACAAGGCUGGACGUCCAGAUGAAGCAUUUACCGUUCUUCAGCAAUUAACUGAAAAUGCUGUCGAUGAAUGCCGAUACCAAGAUGCGGGCUAUUAUUAUUGGAUAUUAGCCAGACAGUGUCUGGAUUUAGCAUUAGAAAAAGAAGAAAUACGCACCGCAAUGUUAAAGAGAUUUCACGAAAACGAAACCUUAGCUACCACUUAUUAUGCUUAUGAUGUCAUACACAAAUAUUUGGAAGAACCAUUCACUUCGUACUUGCCAGAAGCUUUAUUUAACAUUUCUAGGUUCCUAAUAGCCCAACAACGCCCUCAAGGAGUAUCUAUGUUUGGAAUUUACUACACCCUUGCAAAGCAAGCAAGAACGUUGGGGGCGAACAAGUUGGCUAAACAACUCUUUGAUAAAUUGCAAAGUAUAAAAGUGCCCCCUAAAUUUCAAGAGCAGGUCGAUAUAGCCACGGUGUCAUGCAGAGCUAAACCUUAUAAUGAUCCUGAAGAGUUAUUACCCAUGUGUUAUCGCUGUUCUACGUACAACCCUUUGUACCCAGCUAGCAUAAAGUGUAAUAAUUGUAGACAAAAAUUCGUGUAUUCUUUCGUAAGUUUUGAAAUUCUACCCCUAAUUGAAUUUGAAUUGGAAGAGGGCAUAUCGGAUGCGGAAGCAGUCCGAUUAAUAGAGAAAACUCCUAUUGAAAAGCCUAUCAGUAGCAACAACUAUAAAGGAAAACAAGAUGUGUUAACUCUAGAAGUGGAAAAUGAGGAUGAAGAUCCUUUUACUUCAAGAUUUAUUAACUUAGAGAGUGGCGAUGCGCAGUUUUUCCCUGUUAUUGCCAACAGAAAAACGCUCUUGUCUUUGGACAGUGCCAAUAUAUUAAUUUGUAAAUGGAAACCACCUCUUCGUUAUCAAUAUUUUAAAAACUUAAUGCCCGAUGUACAAAUAACAAUGUGUUACUCUUGUUUUAAAGCAUUUCACGCAGAAGAUUUUGAACUGCAAGUUUUGUUGAAAGGCUACUGUCCGUACUGUAGAGCACCUCUUGAAAAUAUUUCCAACAUAGAAUCUCCCGAUUUGUCAGAUCUCUAGAAAAGUUAAUGUAUAAUUUUAGAAUGUAAUUUAAGCUUUAAUUUUUUACACACCCGUCCACUUCUGUGAUCGCCAAUGUAAUAAUAAGGAAUGAAAUACACUUUGUUUUAAUGAA